AUGGAUUCCAACAACCUUAAAAUCCAUGAACAAAUCAAAGUUGUUCCUCAAUCAUCAUCAUCAACCCAAACAACAAUAACCCCUCUCACUUUCUUUGACAUAUUUUGGUUAAAAUUCCAUCCCGUAGAACGUGUUUUCUUCUACACCCUCCCAAAUUCACAAUCACACCCCUCUUUUUUCUUUCAAGAAAUUGUUCCAAAUCUCAAAUCUUCGCUCUCUUUAACCCUCCAACAUUUUAUCCCUUUAGCCGGUAAAAUCGUUUGGCCUAAUGAUUCUUCAAAGCCAUUCAUCCAAUUCAAUCCCAAUGAAGAUGAUAAGGGAGUUUCAUUUCUCAUUGGAGAAUCUGAUUUAGAUUUCAAUCAUGUCAUUGAAAAUUCACCACAGGAUGCUUCGUUCUCUCGUUCUUUAAUACCGCUUUUAGAAUCAACCGAUUCUUUUGCUUCUAUUAUCUCAAUCCAGAUAACCCUUUUUCCAAAAAGUGGUUUUUCCAUUGGUAUAAGCACACACCAUGCAGUUCUUGAUGGAAAAUCUACAACCAUGUUUAUCAAAGCAUGGGCUUAUCUAUGCAACAAAACCAUUGAAACCCUAGAAGAAUCACCAACUUUGCUGCCAAAGUUAGAGCCUUUAUUCAAUAGGGAAAUCAUCAAAGAUCCAAAUGAACUUUCUGUUAACUUCACAAAUUACUGGAUUCACGUCAUGACACAGAAGUUCCCAAAUGAAAAAGCAAACAAUUUGGAGAUUCUCCCUUUUGAACCAAAACUGAAAGACUAUGUCCGUGCUACGUUCAAGCUCACGCGUGAAGAUUUGGAUAAAAUAAAGCAAAAGGUGUUAUCCAAAUGGGAAAUAUUCUAUCCAAAUGAAUCAAAACCUCAAAUGUUAUCGUCUUUUGUUAUCACCUGUGCUUAUUUGCAUGUUACUAUUGCAAAAGCUAUGAAUGGAGUUGAUAAGGAGAAAGAGAAAUUUUCUUUUCUUUUCUCGGUAGAUUGUAGAGCAAGGCUAGAACCACCAAUACCAAAUAACUAUUUUGGCAAUUGUGUUUGGGUGCAAUUCCCGGAUACUCAACCAUUGGAUUUUAUCAAAGAAGAUGGUGUUCUUUUAGUUGCUAAGUGUAUUCAUGAGAAAAUUAUGAUGAUAGAUGAAAAGGGUGUUCUUGAAGGAGCUAAAGAUUGCAUUAAUAAGUUUAUUUCUUUGACAAGUGAAGGAUAUGAAGUUAUGGGAGUGGCAGGGUCUAAUAGAUUUGGUGUUUAUGAGACUGAUUUUGGUUGGGGAAGGCCGGAAAAGGUGGAGAUAGUGUCGAUCGAUAGAGGUUUAACAAUUGGUUUGGCAGAGAGCAAAGAUGGCAAUGGUGGAAUUGAAGUUGGAGUUGUUCUUAAUAAAGAUGUAAUGGAUCUCUUUAGCACUUUGUUUCUUGAAGGACUUUGA